AUGGCCGAGUUCUUGGUCGUUGAUGUUCCAUAUGUGUACAACGUGAUUAUGGGGAGACCCCUCAUUCACGAAAUACACGGAGUUGUCUCGAUGUACCAUCAAACAAUGAUCUAUGUUUCAGAUAGGGGACACUCUGAAAAAAUCUUUGGCUAUCAAGAGGAGGCUCGAAGAUGCAACCACCACAAACCGUCCAAAAUUCGCCGUGACGAUAAGGAUGAUGAGGAGAAAAAAGAAAAGGACCGAGGCCAGUUUACAUGUGUUUGCUGUGCAGGAUACCCUCGGCCCAACUAUCGCUCGGACCGAGAUUCGUCUUCUCCCAUCAAAAGGAUCUGCCGAAGGUCCCAUUGUUUUCAUCCGAAACAUUGUGAAAACUCAAGCAGUCAAGCCUGCUUGGAACAAGAGAGCACAACUUCAUUCGAAAGACAGACGAAGAGUAGAGUAUACGUAGAGCCCAUAGCUAUAUUGUCUAGAAACUGGUUAGAAUUGCCUGUCGAAAUAACGAUGAUGAUACUAAUGAAAAUGGAUGUAGUUGAAAUCCUUGAAUCUGCUCAAUUUGUUUGUAAAUUGUGGUACAACUUCUGCAAAGAUCCAUUUAUGUGGCACUAUUGUGAUAGAUGAUUGUUUCAUGAAGGCACAGGAAGUGCGCUAGAAAAUACUGUGCAGCGCCGUUGACCGUAGCUCUGGCAGUUUGAUA